UCCAGAGAGCACAAAACCACAAAAACGCUGGGUAUCAUAAUGGGCUCGUUCAUUUGUUGCUGGCUGCCAUUUUUCAUACUUGCCCUGAUUAGGCCCCUCCUCCCAGAUCCGUCUGUGGUCCCGCAUUGGUUAGGUCAUUGCUUACAAUGGUUGGGAUUCGCGAACAGCCUUCUUAACCCUGUCAUAUAUGCCAGGUUUAAUAGGGAGUUCAGAACGCCGUUCAAACAUAUAUUA